GAUGUCCAAAUUAUAUUUAAAAACGUCUUCAGACAGAUUUCUCAAUCAUAAAAUUAUAUCCUUAAAUAUAUUAAAAUUAUUCAAUAAUAUUAUCUUUACAAGUUGAAUUUUAAUGUUUUCUAUGAAAGUAUACCAUAUAAUAUUAGUACAUAUCUAUAUGUAAACUAACUGAAACUACUAGAUGAGCCUGCACACCGUUUUUUUUUGCAUCCACAACUUAAAUACAAAAUGUAGUAAAGUUCCCAUUAUAAUAUAUGUAGAUAUUUUUACAUAUGUACGUAAAAAAAAUCACAAAAAUUUAAAUUCAUCUUAAAAAAGUGUUCAUCAGGGAAUGCUUUAUCCUUGUAUCUUUAACUCUACACUCUCAUUUAUUCGCAUUCCCUUUCGUCGCACUAUUCCAAAGGGUAUUAAUGGCAAAUACACGAGAAGUAAGCUGCGCAACCGUAGACAUCUUUUAUUUAUCACGUUUCCCUUUUCUACGCGCGUAUGUGUUGGCGAAGGCAAUAUAAAAGGAUACAGAAAGCAAGACUUGAAAAUAUGAUCAAGUGCAUAUAAAUAUGUGAAUUAUGUAUACCAAAUAUUCUUUGAACUAGAAAAUUUUCACAAAAAACACCAAAUCUGCACUGCACCGCACUCCGUUUAAUAUAUUCUUCACCUAAAUAUAUAUGUACUUACUUGCUAGUGGGCUUGUUGUUAUCGGUGAUGCCGGUGAAGUUAGUGUUGCUGAUCAUUUUGAUUGAUUUUGUGUUUGAUUCGACAGAAAUUCAAAUUUCAAAGUUUAUAAAAAUGUGAACACCGUACGUAAGAAUGCGCUCACGUUAACACUUGACAAAUUUAAUUUUAUAGAGUACCGUUUGGAUAGUUAAGCACUUUUUAGGUUAUAGCACAAAAAAAAUUUCCUUGAUGCCGAUUUUCACACUACACAAAUUUCUUUCGAAUGUAGCGGUAUUAAAAAAUUAAAUGUUACCAAACAAGGAAUAUAAACCGGAUAAAAGCGAAAUAACAAACGAAUGAUCUCAAUAUAUAAUGACCGGAUGGUACAAAAGACGCAAAGUGAAUGAAAUCAAAUAACCGGCGAAAUGACUAGGGAAACACGAUUACCAAAUCAAAAUGUAUCGAUUAUAUGUAAUCGCCAGGCAAUUAUUAGUUUGCUAGAUUUUUUUGAGUGCGUUGAGAGAUUUCAUAAAAAUUUCGAAUAUGCAACUCUGCAGCUGCUCAUAAGAAAUCUAUUACAAUGCAUAGUUAAUAUCCACAUUGGUACAGUCGACGAAUGAGGACCACUGGCACGUUCCACAAAUACGCCACACAGAUUCGUUAAACAUCUCAACAAAUAGGAAAAGUUUGGAGAUUUUCCCUAAAUUAUUUCCAGAAUAUAUGUAUAGAAAAAUAUUCAUCACUGUAUAUUUAGUGAAGUGCGAAAGUAGCAAGCGCUGCUGUAAAACAUAAAAUCAUAGGACAAGUAAAUGCUCAAGUUUUAUUAAAUGUGGUUCCAGAAAGUUAAGAAACUAUCAUUUACAAAAUGUUGAAUCCCGUUUCAACUGAAGCAUUACUCUAUUCGGCUACAUAUGUCGAUAAUUAUAUAGAUUCGGUCGAAAAUCUUCCAGAUGAUGUGCAACGGCAUUUGUCCCGUAUACGUGAUAUAGAUGUACAGUACAGGAGCCUGCUGCGUGACGUUGAUCAUUAUUACGAUUUGUGGCGUUCAUUACAGAAUAAUAACGGCAGUGAAGGGAAUUGUACUAGACGUGCCAGAGCUAUUGCCCGCAUGCAACAGAGCCUUAUACAAGCACAAGAAUUGGGUGAUGAAAAAAUGCAAAUAGUAAAUUUAUUGCAGGAGUUGAUAGAUCAUAAGACACGACAACUAGAUAGUGAUCAAAAAAAUCUCGAUAUUAAAGAGGAAAUGCAACAGCAACAGAGUCGUAUUGAUCAAUUGCAACAAGCUGACGAAAUUGGGGGGCCAACACCAGCGAAACAAGCGCGAGCUUCAAGUCCUACACGUGAUAAUACAUUUUGCGCAAAUGGUGGUUUAUCGAGCGGUGCGGGUGGAGGUGGCUCUACGCCGAAUUCUGAGCGAUCUAGCCAUGCAAGUAAUGGUACCAGUGGUAGUGGGACUAUCAAUGGCGGCAGCAAUGCAGGUACGGCUUCAAUGACAGGCCUAGAAAGUCAACGUUCGGCUAGUAAACGUUCUCGAAGGCGUAACGAGAGUGCGAUUAUGAAUAACAGUAAUGUGGAAUUUGGUGGAAAUGAAUCAAAUUCUGCUAACGAAGGUGGUGGAAGUAAUGGAGGAGGUGGCAAUGAACGACAAAUCGGACAGAAAAUAUCUCUUGUUAGUGCUGCAGCGCAAAAAAAACAUAAUUCCCAGCAUCAAAAUGCCAGUGCCAGCGGUGGUGCUGGUGGUGGAAAUACAUCUGGAGUUGGAGCGGGAAGUGGUAACAAUUCCGGCAAGAAGAAGAAAAGAAAGACACGAGGUGGACAAUCAUCAGCGCAGGCAAAUGUACGUGAAGAGACACCACCUCCGGAUCCAAUUGAUCCAGAUGAACCAACAUAUUGUGUAUGCAAUCAGAUAUCUUUUGGUGAAAUGAUACUCUGCGAUAAUGACCUGUGCCCCAUCGAGUGGUUCCACUUUUCGUGCGUUUCACUGGUACUGAAACCAAAAGGUAAGUGGUUCUGCCCGAAUUGUCGAGGGGAUCGUCCAAAUGUGAUGAAACCAAAAGCUCAAUUUCUUAAAGAGCUAGAACGUUAUAACAAAGAAAAAGAAGAAAAAACCUAGAAAGGACAGUUGAAAAAAGUGCAGAAAGUUAGAAAGAGAGCUGAAAAAUUAUUCCACUCGACCGCAUAGUGACAACGAAGGAUGUUUUCUUUUCAGUUACCAUAUAAACGUUGGUGCAGGCGUUGUACUGGGUUCAGCUCAAAUUCCAUUCUUAAACGCCAAGUGAAAAGCAAUAAACUUUUACGUUUUUUUU